UCCAGUCUCCGUCAACAUGGCCAGCAUGAGCGAGCCUGCUUCAACCACGGCAUCAUUUGCCACCCACCAAAGCCAAGCUGAAGCCAGCACAACCUCGUCGAUGCCCGAUAUCACCCAGCCCUCGCCCGACCACAACCCUGACAUCUUCACCAUCAUUUGCUGCAACGACAGCUUCCAACUCGCCCUCGACCUUGCCACCAUCAAGACCCUCCUCCGAGUGUGCAGGCGUGCCCGUCUUUUCCUGAGCUUCAGGUUGCCUCGUUUCAACAAAUGGUGCCAGAAGGCAAGCCUGUGCCGUCCAGACGGACAGAUGCGGAUCGGCCUCACACCGAGCGACAAGAUUGCACUCUCGCUGCACUGCAAGGAUCCAGGCACAGCCGACCAAUCCUGGCUCGUUGUCCAAGCAUAUCAGAGCAAUGUUGUCGCGUCGUAUUUCCUGGCAAUGAUCCUACAAGUCGAUCUCGCUGGCCAGCAGUCUUUGGAGAAAUCCGAGCAGCAAAGCAUGCACCAGCGAAUCUUUCACCAUUUGGAGAAGGCAGCCCAAGCUGAUCAUUCAAUGGCUCAAUUCCAGCUUGCGUCAUGCUAUCGCAACGGGCUCGGGGUUGACCAAGACCACGCAAAGGCUGUCGAGUUGUACCGCAGUCUUGCAGAACGUGGAAUCCUUCAGGCCCAAGUCGCCCUUGGAGGUUGCUACGAAAGUGGUGAAGGUGUCGACCAAGAUUACAACACAGCCAUCGAGUGGUAUUCCAAGGCUGCCGACCAGGGCAACGAAGACGGCCGACUCCACAUCGUGUUCUUGCAAGCUUGGUUCUCGUUCAUCGGCCACGGUGUCGAACAGAGCGAUGUCGAUGCUCUCAACCGCUGGCAGGAAGUCAGCAGCAAGUCCACCGAUCAAGUCCUCAAACCCAUCGCCACUCACAUGAUUGGCUGGAUGCAUUACCUCGGCCGGGGAACACCCCAAGACCAGCAGAACGGCAUCAAGAUCAUCCGAGAGAACAAGUCGGAUGUGUUUAAGCUCGGAGAAGAUGAGUGC